AUAAGAGAGUGUCAAUGUGAAGAAACAUCACUGUGCAUGCAGAAAUGACGUUUCAAAUAAUAGAAAUAGUGAUAGCAGUGUUAUGUAUACUUGAAGCAAACCACAUGCGCGUUAUCUCAUUGAAAAUUUAACAUUGGCAAAGAAAACAUUGUAAUACAUGCCGAUUAACAUGUGAAAAUCGGUUUUAAAAUCAAAUUUAAAGAAAUCACAGUCAUCGCUUCCAAUGAAUUCAGUGUCAACAGUUUAUGUGUGAACGUUCAUUUGAAAUGGAUCAAGUGAAAAGGUGGGAUGCAACGAGCAUUUUAUCCAUCGAGCAAUCGGAGCUGCCGUACGUUUUGAUUGUUUUGAAUCGUCCGAUUCAGGGCGCGCCAAUCGACUUCCAACGUUUAUGGAAUCAUGCUGAAUUGCGUGUGUUGGUCGACGGCGGUGCAAAUCACUGGCUUAAAUUUGUCGCGGAUAAUAAAUUUGAGGAAUGUAUGGCAUCGCCGCAUUUUUUAACGGGCGACAUGGAUUCGGUCACCUACGAAUCAUUGCGACGAUUGGACACAUUGAAUUGCCAACGAAUUCGUACACCCGAUCAAAAUGAAACCGAUUGUACGAAAUCGCUUAUUGUUAUACGGCCUUAUCUUCAAUCAAAGCAGAUUCAAAACGUAUUGAUAAUGACUGACUUUGGCGGUCGAUUAGAUCAAUUGUUGUCUCAGAUAAACACACUCUUCAAACGACCAUUACCACAGGAUACAAAUAUUUAUUUAAAGAGCCAUGACACACUUGCUUGGCUGUUGUGCCCAGGGCAACAUGAAAUCAAAGUUCCCCAGCAAUAUGUCUCGCAGCAAAUAUGGUGCGGAUAUAUUCCGAUGAAUGGAAGCGCCGGCGUGACAACGACGGGCCUUAAAUAUGAUAUGACAAAUGGUACCGUUUGCUUCGGUCAACUCAUUAGCACAUCAAACACAUACACAAGCUCAACUGUCACAAUUCACUGUGAUAACCAUCUGUUAUGGACAAUGGGCAGCUGUAAAAAUUGAUCAGUUUUAAAUGACAAAAAAUUGAAAUGUAAUAUAAACGUUGUUUAUUUUUGAUACUUCUAAAAAGGGUGCAGUGGAAUGAUUUCGCAAACAUUUUGAAUAAAAUUGAAUUUUGUUCUUGGAAUGGAGUCGGUUAAAAAGUAAAUGGGAAUGUGUUUGAUUUAUUGAUAUUUAUCCAUAAGUUCUUCCAGCGUAUUUAGUACCGCAACCAUUUCAGGUCUUUCCCCAUUAUUUUCAUUCGUGCAUGCAAGUCCGAUUUUCAUAAGUGCAUCAUACAACGGAACAGACACUGUGGCUGGAUCCAUCGACUUAUCGAUGAGAGGUGCCAUUGGUUCAUUGUUUCUGGAUUUGAACCAAAUGUAUUUUGAUAAAAGUGUUACAUUUGCUCCACGGGUUUUGUCAUGCGCUUUCAGUGCGGUGAAUAAUUCGAAUAUAACCACUCCAUAGCUGAAUGUGUCGAUUUUAGUGGAAAAUAUACGAUUGGCCAAAAAUUCUACUGGUAAAUACGGUCUCGUUCCAUAAACACUGGAUACUUCCAUCAAUUCGUCGGAUCCUUCUCUCACCAAUCCGAAAUCGCCAAUUCUCGGUACACAACUCGAAUCAAGCAAAAUAUUUGCAGGUUUUAUGUCUCCGUGUAUCAGUGGUUCUUUCUUUCCCCGAUACGUGUGGAGAUACUGAAGGCCACGCGCCGUUCCCAAAGCAAUUUUCAUUCGUUCAAUAAAUGUUAGAGGUUCGGGUGUUGUUUUCGCAUGUAAUCUCCGCUCAACUGAACCACCUGCCAUGAAUUGAUAAACUAGACACGGUUCUGGGCCAUCCACGCUGUAUCCAUAGAGUGGUAAAAUAUUGUCGUGUCGACACGAAUUCAAAUAUCGCAACUCGUUUAAGCUUUGCUGCAUUUGAACCUUUGCAUUCUUCUUCAUAUCGCCACUCUUGUAUUCGAUUUUCUUUAUGGCAACAUCCGUAUACUUCCAUCGUCCCUUGAACACAGUUCCAAAUCCACCACGACCCAAUAUAUUCUCUUUGCUCCAUUUGUUUGUUGCCUCAGACAAUUCAUUAUACAAAAUCUUCGGUAUUUGAUUAGCCACCUCUUUGAUUUCGUUUCGAUCUACGGUGAUUUUACUCGACGUUUCCAUGGAAGUCUGGACAGAGAGAUAAUGCGAAUAUAUUUUUUUUUAAAAUAAAGUGCUGUGUUAUGUAACAUCUAAAAAUGUUAUUUUUAUUUCGUCUUACCGAAUUGAAUUCACUUUCAUUUGAAGUUCGGCUCAUUUCUGGUCCAUUUAAAAUCUUCUCCGUUGAUAUCGUGUCAUUCGGUUUAGUUUCUUUAAGUACUUUCUUCGGAAUCAGCCGAUGAUAGCUAACAUCAACACGGUUUUUUAAACAUUCCAUCGCUUCGAAUAGUUUGAGACUGUAAUGAACAAAAUGAGAAGUGAAUUUUUUUUUUUGGAAAUAUUCCAUAGAAAAUCAAUGCUACCAUACCUAUACAAAACCAUGAACAAUUCGGUGUUGGUAUGAUUUAAAUCGCUCCAAACUCUUAACAGUUGCUCCGCUGGUGAGACACUUUUAUCUUGGGCCAUUUUUUUAAUUUUCUAAAUUAAGAAAGGCGAAAAAGAUUGGAAUCUAAUUUUUGUCAUAAUCUAUGUCAGAGAGCGAAUUUCGCAGUAAUCAGUCACAUUAAAUCUUGGUAAAAUAUGAUACAAUGAACUCACAAUUAUAUCGGUUAAUGCGUAUCCCAUUUUUUCUGCUGCUUUUUCCCACAUCGCCCGUUCUUCGUUUUGACUGUUUUGUUCAAGAUAAUAGCACACUCCAUUGCGUUCGUCCUGUAGGAGCGUAUAAAUAUACCCACUUCCGUCUAUUGAUCUGGGGUUAGAUUGUGAACCACUUCGACCACUGCUCGAGCUUGACGGCGCUGUUCCAGCACUCAUUUUUUUUAAUUCACUUAAAAAUACACACGUAUCACGAAUGAUUCAAUUUAUUCGAACCAAUUGAUAAAGAAUACUACAGAACUGGAUACUAAAACCACAACGUUCAUCGCUUAUUAAUUCAUCAAUUUGAUUCAAGAAAGCAACGACCAAAUUCACUUUAUAAUUUUAUUUCUAUUCCCAAUAAUAUGGUUUAUCUUUGGUUUCGAAACUUAAAGAAUGAUCACUAAAUACACUCAUCCACGAUAUUUGCCGUAAUGUUGCACUUCUUGCUAACAAAUUUUACGAUGACACUUUCAUGUCAUGUUAUUGAUUCACCAGCAAUGAAAUAACAAGUGACAACUGUAAUGCUCAGCACAGAACUAAUGAUCGAACACCGAAAACAACAACCACUAAUACUGUGUUGAUCAACAGCGCCAUUACAUUUACAUAGCUAAUUCUUAUGCAUACACACGCACAGCUACUUACACACCAACACACAAUAUACUGUAGCAUAUUGUAUACAUAUAUAUGGUACGUAUGCGUAAAUAAAGACUGGAAAUUGUUUAAACAAAACAAAACAAAUCCGUAGUAAUCUACUCAAAUGAUGUUUAGGUAAUUCGCAGAAUGAUAAUCAGGUAGUUUGCAAGGAGAGUGUUUUAUUUGAAGAAAGUAUGGAAAAAAUAACCGAAGUUUUAAAGAUAAUGAACGAUUUUCGUAUGAUUUAUGACUUUACUCAUUGUGGUAAUUCCAACUGGUUCCAUGUCGCAUAUCAACAGCAAUAUAACCAGUUUAUUUUCAAAUGAAUAUUACUUAACAAAAAAAAUCAUUCAUUUUGCAUUGCAAUUUAUUUGAUUUGUUCGAUUUGGAUUGCUGGUGGUAGUUGUUUCAAAUGAUAGCGUCUUUGGUUGCUUUGAGUACACCAUCUUAAGGGAAAAUUUCGUUUGAUGUAUUCCAAAAGGGUCGAUAAUGUGAAACCGGCCAUCCGAAGCUCCGAAGGAAUGAAAGUAUUAUCGGAUUUCAUAUUGAGCACGAUGCUCUUUGCGCACUGUGAAGGUAAACGGAAGACAAAUGCAGCUGUAAAAUUUACCAAUCACACAUCAUAUAAGCAAUACGUUUUUAAAAUGAGAAGAAAAAAAACGGAUUUGAAUAUAAACGUUGUUUAUUUUUUUGUUAAGUCCGAAAGGAUACAGUGGAAUGAAUUCUUGAACAUUUGGAAUAAAAUCACAUUCCAUAUUUGGAAUUAAGGCAUUUAUAGUUGAUACAUAAAAAUACUAGUAAUUAAUCCUCUCGUCCUUGUCUAUCAUUUUUUCGAGAACAUUAAGUACUUCAACCAUUUCGGGUCUAUUCGCAGCAUUUUCAUGCGUGCACACCAGUCCGAUUUUCAUGAGUGUUUCAUACAGUGGCAUAGACACUGUGGCUGGAUCCAGUGUUUCAUCGAUGAGAGGUGCCAUUUGUUCAUUGUUCUGGCAUUUAAGCCACAUAAAUUUGGCUAAGAAUGCUUUAUCUGCUCCACGAUUCGUGUCAUACGCUUUCAGUGCGGUGAAUAAUUCGAAUAUAACCACUCCGUAGCUGAAUGUAUCAAUUUUAGUGGAAAAUAUACGAUUGGCCAAAAAUUCCAUUGGCAAAUACGGUCUCGUUCCAUAAACACUGGAUACUGCCAUUAGUUCGUCGGAUCCUUCUCUUACCAAUCCAAAAUCACCGAUUCUCGGCAUGCAACAAGGAUCGAGCAAGAUAUUUGCUGGUUUUAUGUCACCAUGUAUCAGUGGUUUUCCGUUCAGAUAUGUGUGUAGGUAUUGGAGGCCACGUGCCGUUCCCAAAGCAAUCCUCUUUCGUUGAGUAAAUGACAAAUGACCAGCCGUUUUCACAUAUAAUCUUCGCUCCACUGAACCACCUGCCAUGAAUUGAUAAACUAGACACGGUUCUGGGCCAUCCACGCUGUAUCCAUAGAGUGGUAAAAUAUUGUCGUGUCGACACGAAUUCAAAUAUCGCAAUUCGUUUAAGCUUUGCUGCAUUUGAACCUUUGCAUUCUUCUUCAUAUCGUCACUUUUGUAUUCGAUUUUCUUUAUGGCAACAUCCGUAUACUUCCAUCGUCCCUUGAACACGGUUCCAAAUCCACCACGACCCAAUAUAUUCUCUUUGCUCCAGAAUCCCGUGGCCAAAGCCAAAUCGGAAUACAAAAUUGUUGGUAUUCGACUGACCAGAUCUUCGAUUUUCUUAGUGCAAUGUCCGACUAUUUUGCUGGACUCUUCAAUGGAUUCCUGAAAGAGCGCUUUUUUUUAGCAAAUGCUUAAGAAUUUGUCAGUUGUAUUUAUUCUUACCGUGUUCAAUUCACUUUCACUUGCGGUUUCACUCAUAUCCGAUCCAUUUGAAAUCUUCCUCGACGUUGCGUUGUUAUUGAUUUUAGUUUGUCCAGAUAUUCUGCCAAGUAAUGCAUUCAAAUCUGGUAACUCGUCCGAAAUAAGUCGAUGAUACCUUUCGUCAACAAAUUUUUUUAAGCAAUCCAUAGCGGAAUGUUGAUCGAUACUGAAAAAUAUAAAAUAAAUUUGUUUUAAUAAUUGA